UCUUCGGACUCUGGUAUUCCAGUAUCCACCGCUGUUAGCACAGUGCCCGCACAGGUCGUAGGCGUAUCACAAUGAAGUCUCUGGUGUUGUUGGGUUUGGCCACUCUGCUGGUCUUGAGUUCAGCGGCUGAGCAGAAGGCCGAAGAAGCGAAACCAGCGGAGCAGGGCGAGAAGCGCCAUGACAAGCGCGGUUUGUUCGACCACGACUUUGGAGGACAUGACUUCGGCGGACAUCAUUUCGAAGCUUAUGGCCAUGGUCACCAUCACUUUGAUUUCCACCCGCAUCACGAGAAGACCCUGACCGUCGUCAAGAAGGUCCCGGUGCCAUACCCAGUGGAAAAGCACAUCCCAGUGCCAGUCGAGAAGCACAUCCCUGUCCCGGUGAAGGUCGGAGUGCCUAAGCCCUACCCGGUGUACAAGACCGUCCACUAUCCGGUGAAGGAAAUCGUGAAGGUGCCAGUGCACAUCCCAGCCCCGUACCCAGUCGAGAAGAAGGUCCCAGUCGCUGUCCAUGUUCCGUACGAUCGUCCCGUCCCGGUGAAGGUGUACGUGCCAGCUCCUUACCCAGUAGAGAAGAAGGUCCCAGUCCCGGUUAAGGUGCACGUCCCGGCUCCGUACCCAGUGGAGAAGAAGAUCCCAUACCCGGUGAAGGUGGCUGUGCAUGUUGAGAAGCCAUACCCGGUUGAGAAGGUCGUCCACUACCCAGUCCACGUUCCGGUCGAUCGUCCAGUUCCGGUCCAUGUCGAGAAGCCCGUGCCAGUCCCGGUGGAGAAGCCUGUGCCGUAUGAGGUCAUCAAGAAGGUCCCGUACCCAGUCCAUGUCCCGUACGAUCGUCCGGUUCCGGUGCAUGUCGAGAAGCCCGUGCCAGUCCCGGUGAAGGUCCCGGUCCCACAGCCCUACCCAGUGUACAAGCACAUUCCGUACGCAGUUGAGAAGCACGUGCCGUACCCAGUAAAGGUCCCAGUCGAGCGUCCUGUGCCGUACACCGUCGAGAAGCACAUCCCGGUUGAGGUUGAAAAGCCAGUGCCGUACCCGGUCAAGGUUCCGGUCCAUGUUCCGGUGCACCACCAUUAUGACCAUCACGAUCACGUUGAGCACGUUGACUAUCACCACCACCACUAGAGAUAAACAUUUAGCAUUGUGAUAACCAUAGGAAUAUCCUUCCCGAUCCUUCCCUCGAUAUCCCCGAACGACUCCCCAAUACCUCGAUGCUCUAAGGCCCGUUAUGUAAUAGCUAGAAUCGUAAAAAAAAACCAUGAAAGCAUCGCCAGACACACGCACCCCUACACAAAUCCACAUACACAAACACACGAAAG